CUUGGGGGAGGCUCAGCGCUCCUGUGUGGCUCUGAGGAUGUGGGAAGGAGGUGGGGAACGCUUGGCUCACGAGGUCGCGGAGGUCGCUGCCGUGAGGGGCCAUGCUGGGAACAGAGGGGCAGUAGAGGCCGAGAGGCCAUCGCUGUACCCUGAGCAAGGAGGGGUCUGGGCCAGAGCUGUUGGGAGCCAUGGAGAGCUUCACAGAGUCACUCAACAGGCUGAAGGAGGUCCACGAGAAUGAGGUCCGAGGUCUGCAGAAUAAGCUUCUGGAGCUGAACUCAGAGAGGUGCCGGGACGCCCAGAGGGUCGAGGAGCUCUGCGCCAAGAACCAUCACCUCAGGGAGCAGCACAAGGCGCUGAAGGAGAACGUGCGCGUGCUGGAGAACAGGAGCUGGCCAGGAAGAAGCAGCAGGAGUUCGAGAACUCCCUCCUCCAGAGCCUGCAGCACGUCUUCAUCCUCAGUGAGCCCCGCCCCCUGUCGCCCUGCACCUCGGUGUCCCCUCCUGUGGGGGUCCAGUGACCCCCAGGACCUGCUCAGCCUGACAUGGGGUCUCGGGGAAACAGACAAUGCCAACGAGUUGAACCGGCUGCAGGGGGAGAACGAGACGCUGAAGGAGGAGGUGAAGCGUCUUCGGGGCCCACGGCUCAAGCCCCAAUACAGGGAGGGUGCCUCGGACCCCCCCUCACCCCUACUACUCCCCUCCCCGGGCGCUCGGAAGACCAUCACGGAGAAGACCCUGGGAGGCCACGAGGAGGCCGAGGACGACCAUCCAGAAAAGUCUACGGGGUACAGGACAUCUCCAGUAGCCAAAAUCUCCCCGAGUGCCAACCUGCCUGAGACACGGGCCCCGGACAUGAGCCCCCAGCGAAUUUCCAACCAGCUGCACGGGACCAUCGCCGUGGUGCGGCCAGGCUCCCAGGCCUGCUCUGCUGACCGGGGCUCUACCAACGGGACACCCCCACUGCCACUGACCAGGAGCAGCCCGCCCAGCCCACCCUAUGAGCACAGCCUCCCCCUGGACAGCUUCGUGCGGGCCUCCCGGGCCCCCAUCACGGCCUAUGAGUCCCUGAAGCGCUCCCUCCAGGCUGACCGCCUCUGCCUCCUGAACCGCCACCUGUCUCUGCACCUUCAGAGCUCACACUGCAGCCCCCAAGUCCCCGCCGCAGCCCCCAGUGGUCCCCGGCCCCAAAGCCUCAAGGCUGGGGAGACAGAGGCCUGGGAGGAGCCGGUGGGCCUGCUGGGGCUGCCGGGGGCCCUGGUGGACGUACGAGACCCUCGGCUGGAAGGGGCACUGCACCUGCUCCUGGCCCAGCAGCUGCGGACACGGGGGCGGCCGGGCAGUGCCAGGCUGAGGGGCCCGCCCACGCCAGGGGGAACCCCACCCUCCCCACCAGUCAGCUCUGACUCGGAAGGCCCCCAGGGCGAGGCAGCCGGGGCAGCCCUCUCUGGAGGAGGGCACACACGGCCCACAGGCGUGGGCAACCCCAGGGGAAAGGAAGCCACGGCCACACAGGACUAUGUCCCAGACAAGCCCCUGGACCUCUCCGAGCGGGGCCGGGGCCGGGAUGCCCCCAAGCCUUCUGACCGGCUGAGGUCCCUCAGCCACCCAAGUGCCCACACUCCCAGCCCGGAGCCACCCCAGGGAGUGGAGCCACCUGCCCAGUCUGGACCCUGGGGACUCAGUAAUGGCACCACGGGAGCCAGGGUUCCGGAGCCAGAGGAGCCCACCAUUCCUGCGGAUCCCUCCCAACCUCUAACAGGGCCCCACCGAAACAUGCCCUCUCCAGGCGGGACGGGAGCUGAGGCGAGAGGGAGGCCAAAACCUCCCGCCGACCCACACGGGCCGGAUGCUGAUGGCCCCCCAGGUAAGGAGCUCAGCAAGGCCCAAGUGCAGGGGCUGGAGUCAGACGAGCUGGACGAGUCGGACCCCUCGGACAAUGAGGUGGGCCUGAGCUCCGAGGUGGGGGCCAAGCCGAGCACGCCAGGAGAGGGGCCCAGGUGCUUCUGUACCAAGGAGCGCAGGCAAGGCCUGCCGCAGAAGAGGAAGCGGGCCUCGGGCCCAUGGUGCGAAGGUGCCCACACUCACCCUCCAAUCAGACCAGCCCUGCCCCGGUGUCUGCUGCAUCCAGAGACGAGUCAACUCUGCCAGUGCGGGCUUGCAAGGGCUCAGCUCCCCUUGCCCAGAUCCUGUCCACGGGGCCCUGGGCAAGAACCCAGCAUCGCAGUGAGCUAGACAGACUACUGCCAGCCCACGGCCGGGCUCCCGCCUAACCUCGGGCCACUCUCCGCAGCCUCCAAGAAGCUUCCAGCGGGGAGAAGGAAUCCAGGGGAGCCCCUGACAGUGCACGAGGGGCCCGGGAGCCCAAGGCACCCUGAGGACAGCAGCCCUUCACCCAGCAACAGCAGCUGGGAGGAGACUUAGCAGGCUGC